CCAGAGCCGAGCCGACAACCUUCAAGCUCACCAUCAGCUCUUAACUCUCUCUUGCACCACGCACCACCACUCUCUACACCCACCACCCUCUCCAUCACACCUGCCCGCCUCCAUCACAGGCGCUCCUUCCACAUCAACGGCGCCUUUCCUGCCGUCUCGCUCGCCUGUCGCCUCGCCGGCCGACAGCAUCUCCAACUCGCCCGUCGGACUUCGGUGACUGACAUAGCAACAACAAGCGAGACACCGCUCAUCACACAACACCGCAAUCAUGUCUGCAGAGCCAGACCACUCCGCCAGCAAGGGCAAGGUCAAGCUCGACAAUGACCCAUCGGGCGCCGAGAAGCGCGAUGAGAAUGAGGUCGCCACAGCAAUCCUCAAGAAGAAGAAGAAGCCCAACAGCUUGAUCGUCACAGACGCCACCACUGAUGACAACUCGAUUCUCGCCCUUUCCAACAACACUAUGGAGACGCUACAGCUCUUCCGUGGUGACACAGUGCUCGUCAAGGGCAAGAAGCGAAAGGACACCGUCCUCAUCGUGUUGGCCGAUGACGACCUCGAUGACGGGUCAGUGCGCAUGAACCGCGUCGUGAGACACAACCUCCGCGUCAAGCUCGGCGACGUUGUCACAGUCAACCCAUGCCCCGAUAUCAAGUACGCCAAGCGCAUCGCUGUCCUGCCCAUGGCCGACACCAUCGAGGGCCUCACAGGCUCUCUCUUCGAUGUGUUCCUCGCACCAUACUUCCGCGAAGCCUACCGACCGCUUCGACAAGGCGAUCUCUUCACAGCUCGCGCGGCUAUGCGCACAGUGGAGUUCAAGGUCGUCGAGAUCGACCCGCCCGAGUACGGUAUUGUGGCACAAGACACAGUCAUCCACUGUGAAGGCGAGCCGAUCCAGCGAGAAGACGAGGAGGGUAACCUCAAUGAGGUUGGGUACGAUGACAUUGGUGGCUGCCGCAAGCAGAUGGCACAGGUGCGAGAGCUGGUCGAGCUGCCUCUUCGGCAUCCACAACUCUUCAAGUCCAUCGGUAUCAAGCCUCCGCGUGGUAUCCUGAUGUACGGACCUCCGGGUACUGGUAAGACUCUGAUGGCGCGAGCCGUCGCUAACGAGACCGGUGCCUUUUUCUUCCUGAUCAACGGACCUGAAAUCAUGUCGAAGAUGGCUGGUGAGUCCGAGUCGAAUCUGCGAAAAGCUUUCGAGGAGGCCGAGAAGAACAGCCCGGCCAUCAUCUUCAUUGACGAAAUCGACUCUAUCGCGCCCAAGCGUGAGAAGACCAACGGCGAAGUCGAGCGUCGUGUCGUUUCUCAGCUGCUCACCCUCAUGGACGGUAUGAAGGCCCGCUCAAAUGUGGUCGUCAUGGCCGCCACCAACCGCCCUAACUCGAUCGACCCUGCCCUUCGCCGCUUCGGCCGCUUCGAUCGCGAGGUCGACAUUGGCAUUCCUGACCCAACCGGUCGUCUCGAGAUUCUGCAAAUCCACACCAAGAACAUGAAACUCGCCGACGAGGUCGACCUCGAAACGAUCGCCGCCGAAACGCACGGUUACGUUGGUUCCGAUAUCGCCUCGCUCUGUUCAGAAGCAGCCAUGCAGCAGAUUCGUGAGAAGAUGGACUUGAUCGAUCUUGAUGAGGACACAAUUGAUGCUGAGGUUCUUGACAGCCUUGGUGUCACACAAGAGAACUUCCGCUUCGCCCUGGGCGUCAGCAACCCAAGCGCUCUUCGCGAGGUCGCUGUUGUCGAGGUGCCAAACGUGCGGUGGGAGGACAUUGGUGGCCUGGAGGACGUCAAGCGCGAGCUCGUCGAGAGCGUGCAAUAUCCAGUCGACCACCCAGAGAAGUUCCUCAAGUUCGGUCUCAGCCCAUCUCGCGGUGUGCUAUUCUAUGGUCCACCAGGUACUGGUAAGACGCUUCUUGCUAAGGCGGUUGCCAACGAGUGCGCCGCCAACUUCAUCUCUGUCAAGGGUCCAGAGCUGCUCUCCAUGUGGUUCGGAGAGUCCGAGUCCAACAUUCGAGACAUCUUCGACAAGGCUCGCGCUGCCGCACCAUGUGUGGUCUUCCUCGAUGAGCUGGACUCCAUCGCCAAAUCUCGAGGCGGCUCUCAGGGCGAUGCCGGCGGUGCUAGCGAUCGUGUCGUCAACCAGCUUCUCACUGAGAUGGACGGUAUGACCAGCAAGAAGAACGUGUUCGUUAUCGGUGCCACCAACCGACCCGAGCAACUCGACAACGCUCUGUGCCGUCCUGGUCGUCUCGAUACUCUUGUGUACGUGCCGCUUCCUGACCAGCCAGGCCGUGAGAGUAUCCUCAAGGCUCAGCUACGCAAGACCCCAGUCGCCAAGGAUGUCGAUCUCUCGUACAUUGCCUCCAAGACACAUGGCUUCUCCGGUGCCGAUCUCGGCUUCAUCACCCAGCGUGCUGUCAAGCUGGCCAUCAAGGAGAGCAUUUCGCUGGCCAUUGAGAAGCAGAAGGAGCGUGAGGCCGCAGAGGGCGAUGACACCAAGAUGGACGAGGACGUCGAUGAGGAGGACCCAGUGCCAGAGCUCACGAAGCGCCACUUCGAGGAGGCCAUGAGCAUGGCUCGUCGCUCAGUCACAGACACUGAGAUUAGGCGGUACGAGGCCUUCGCGCAGAGCAUGAAGAAUAGCGCUGGCGGCAGUGCUUUCUUCCGCUUCCCUGAAGGUGGUGCCGAGGGUGCUGCAGCCGAGGCCCAGCAGAAUGGUGCUGGCGAAGAGGAUCUCUACGAUUAAGUACGACAAGUUGAGGUAUACAGGCAUGGGGACGGAAACUGGUUGGCCGCGGCGGAUUCUAGUUUUGCGUCGAUGUAUGCUUAUGAUACAGAUGAUGCGGGUGGCUUGGCCAGUCGUUGCAUGAACGAGGCGUUGCGCCUCACCAGGAGCUGGCCGUUACGAUAGAGUGUCUCAAUAGUUCGCGCCCUCUGCUGGCGAAAUGGAGCAUUUGCACGA